UAUUCGUAAUUGAUUUAGAUUUUUACAGAUCAGAAAGAAUGGAUACCCCGCCUCUUCAGCAGAAUACAGGCCACACCCUAGCUCCCGGGAAUCGACCACCUCCCACCCUAGCUCCGGGAUUCCAGGCUAUUGUAGGGGCGUGUCAAAGAUUGUAUCCGGAGCAAAAAAACCCACUUCAAAUCUCAACUGUUGUAAAAUAUUGGUUAGGCGGGCCUGACCCAUUGGAUUACAUCACAGUAUACAGUAAUCAAGGAAAUUGUACGCACUGGCACUAUGUUAGUUCUGGUCUCUCAGAUCUUCAUGGCGAUGGAAGGGUGCAUCCUCCUGCAGCCGGCCCUAAUUCUCCAAGUGGAUAUGGAUUCGAACUUACGUUUAGACUCAGACGACGAGAUGAAUUGGUACCACCGGACUGGCCUUUCAAAGUUCUUCAGAAAAUUGCCAAAUAUGUGUUUGAAACGGAAAAUAAGUUAGUGUCUGGUGAUCAUAUAACCUGGAGUGAACCUCUCGGUACAAGUCAAUCCAUACUAAAGCAUCUUAUAGUGGCAGAGGAUCCCCAGCUUGAAGUAAUAAAUACAGCGCUGGGUCAACUUAGAUUUCUUCAGAUUUUUUGUGUCACAGAAGAUGAACUCAAAGCUGUACAAAGAUGGAACGGACCCGGUGUUAUUAGCUUACUUAGAAAUUCUCCGGUAGGGGGUAGUCUUUUAGUCACAGAUAUCCAGAGAUCGUUAUCACUGUUUGCGUAUUCUCCUGAGACUAAAUCGAUGGUGGAUGCAGGCAUAGCAGCUGAAGGAUCCAACUUGUGUGGUAUGGCUGCGUGUAUUUCCUGGACUGAAACUGAUGUUACAGCCUCUAGAGAACGCGAGUUGACCGGAGAUUCUGCAUUGUCAGAUUGGGCUUCUCUAGCUCAACAGUGUGACCGAUUAAUAUACAGUGGUCUUAAUUCCAGACGUGUAUCUUAUCCAAGAGGAGUAGCCUUAGCUUGUAGUCUAGAAACUGCCCGGUAUCUUCCACUUUGCAUUCAGGGUCGCCUUAAACAUGGAUUUCACUUUACUCUUAAAUCCAUCUUAAAAGAGACUGCCGUUACAUUUGUGACGGGUCGGGUUGCAGGAACCCUGGUAGGUCCCGGCAAACAUUUUGCAGCUCAGGGGGAUUGGUUGCAGGUUCUUAUACCAGAACAAUUCCUGGAUCAGUUUCAGGAAAGAAUUACUGUCGUGGACUCGGAAUUACAGUUGCCUCACACAUUCCAGUUUCCGGAAAUAAAACUUUCUAUUUCCGUUUUAUCCGACACAGCCCAGGUCGGAGUUGUAUGAUAAGUCAGACAAGAAGAAAAUUAUUCGAUGCGUAUCUUCGGAUUUACGAAGUACGCACAUCCGCUAUACUACACUUCCAACCUACUAGCUCGUGGUUUUUCAGCUGUAAGUUGAACAUGUUGCCGCAGCGCUCGGCCCAGAGAUUGUCUUUAUCCUAACCUAACCUUUCAAAUAAUACAAAAUGUAACCGUUUUCCUAGUUCCGAUAUUGCAGUAGGUCAGAAGUUCAGCAGAGGGGAUGUUGCGCAAAGACAUUACCUAGCUAACAUUCACUGCAGAACUGAACAAGACGAAGGAAACAAUGAAACGACAAUUUUUUCUCUUUAUUACAUCCAAUGGUUCAACAUAAUUUUUAACCCUUGGAUUCGGAUCCAAGAGGCAGACUUUAAUAUCUCAAUAUAUAAAAAAUUUUACACAGUUUUGGAUUUUAAGAAUCUCUCAAAAUUAGUAAAUUGUUUUGAAAACGCAAUUUUGGUGAAAACGGAUGAUGAGAAUAUUUUUACAUUUAUAUAGUUUUAUACUUCACAAUUUUAUAUUUUAACAACCAUAUACAGAACUGUAACUACUCAUUCAACGAUUUGCAAUCUCUUGUUGGCGGAUUUGUUUCUCGACUAUAAAGACGAUAUUUGACUCUCAGCCAAUAUGUAAUAUAAUAAUUCAUUCCAAACUGUCGAAUCUCAAAGGUAAUUAAUUAUAAAUUUUACUAAACAGAGUAUCAUUCUAAGAGAAAAAUGGAUUUUUAGUGACUACUUAAUAAUUAUAUAAAAUCUAAAAAAUUUAAAAAAGUACUUAUUACUGAUGGUAGAUUCACUAGAUAAUACUAGUGUAAAAUCGUCAUUUAAUUUCAAUGUUCAUUUUUACUACAGCAUUAAAACAUUUUAAAGAUUGUCGUUUGUAGGAUUUCAAUAAGUCUUUUUUCUCGUUUUAAAUAAAUUUAGUGUUUCUCAAUGUUAAUGUAAUCCAAGAUUUAUAAUAUUUGUGACUAAAUGUAAUUAUGAUGUGUAAAAAAGUGCCUAAUUAAAGUAAACUUUAAAUAAAUUGCAGCAAUUAUUUAUGGUUGAUUCACGAGAUAAUACUAGUGUAAAAUCGUAAACAAUUUCAGUAUUCAUUUUUACUACAGCAAUGGAAUAUUUUAAAGAUGGUCGUUUGUAGGAUUUCAAUAAGUCUUUUUUUUCUUGUUAUAAAUAAAUCUAAAUGUUAAUGUAAUCCAAGAUUUAUAAUAUUUGUGACUAAAUGUAACUAUGAUGUGU